CGCCGGAAGUUACUCUGAUAAACAAAAUGAAUGAAAUCGUUGUCAGUGGAACCAGAUAGAAGUUGGUUUAAAAUAAGAAUAUGGAGUUCCUGCAACAUCUGGCGACAUCUUUAAAACGUGGAAGAACAGCUGAGUUGCCACCAGAUUUUAAACAAGCUUUCUAUUUGUUGAUGCCAAUGGUGAUAGCCAACCAACAUAGGUCUGUGAGUGAUUUGUUGUGCAAGUCGAAGUAUGACGUCAGUUAUUCAUGUGGAAGAGCUCACAGAUCGCUGUUGCACAUUGCAGCAAAUUGUGGAUCAUAUGAGUGCCUGUGUCUGCUGCUGAAGAAAGGAGCUGGAGUGAACACUCAGGACGUGUCUGGGUGUACAGCACUACACCUUGCUGCACGUAAUGGACAUUUGAAAUGUUUGAAUAAACUGUUGGAGGUAAAAUCAGACACCAAUAUUCGAAACAACGAAGGCUUGACGGCAAUCCACUGGUUGGCUGUGAAUGGCAGAACAGAGUUGCUGCAAGCUCUAUUUCAGCAUGUUAGAGAUGUCGAUAUCGAGGAUUCACAGGGUCAAACAGCUUUACAUGUUGCUUGUCAGAAUGGUCACAAAUCUACCUUGCUGUGUCUUAUAGACAAUGGAGCAUCUGUUAACAGGACAAAUCAUAAUGGAUGGACGGCUUUGCACUUUGCAUGCAGUCAUGGGCAGCAUGACGCGGCUUCCAUCUUGCUACAAAGAAAAGCACAAAUUACUCUAGAAAACUUUGGGAAAUCUCCCAUGGAUUUGAGUACAGAGGGUGGAUAUGGUGAGACAUGUGAGGUUCUGCUACAGUUCUGUCCUCGAUUGCUUUCAGCAUUGUUGCAGAGCGUACAAAAGCCUUACAUUAAUGAAGAGUCGCUUUUGAAAGUUUUGAGUUAUCUUUCCAAGGAAGAUAAACAUGUGAAGGAGAGAAUAUUGCCUGGAUUGGCUGAACAAGCUUCACUUCUGGGACACAGGGUUCUAAGUGUAUCAGGAGAUGGGGAAGCGGAUGUGACAAGUUUGUUGAAGUGUGUGAACAUCAUGCAGAAACUCUCGGCUCAGCAACACUCCCAGUCCGUGACCCGGCUGACGGAAUCGGCCCGACAGAGGUCGUCGUCUCAGGAGUCGGGCAGCUCCAACACUGAUCUGACCACACCAGCGGCCUUUCAUCAGUUUCAGCCACUUGAAACUUUAUGGCAGCUUUUAGAAGACUGGCUUCACUUUAUGUACCAAGAAAUGGAAAAACCACAAAACAUAGAAAAAGAAAAACAUAGUUCCAGUACAUCAGUGAUAGAUGAAAAUCAUACAAAUCUGGCUGCAUCAAAAACCACAGAAAGUGUUUCCAAUACAUCACAAGAAUUACAAGACAGUUCUUCAGGCACAAAGACAACUGAUCAUGCUAAAAACAGUAAGACAAUGGGAAUUGAAAAUCAUGAAAGUUUGGAUGCAUCAAUGAAGCCAGAAGUCAUUUCGAAUUCAUCACAGAAAGUGCCUGAUGGUUCACAAAGUGAAAGUGUAUCUGGAAAUGAUAAAGAAUGUAAGGCAGUGGGCACUGAAAACACAGCAAAUGUUCCAACAACGUCACAUGGUUUACACAGUAGUCUUCCUGGUGGACUUGCAGCUGUGCAUGAUGUAGAGGGUAAAGCAGUAAGAAACGAAAGCCUUGAAUCUUCACAACGUACAAACAUUGCAGCUAAAUCACAUGAAGUACCGGAUAAUUCCUCAAGAACUGGGCAUCAGGAGGACAAAUACAAACAGACUGAUACGCCCAUGCUGGACAUAAAGGACAGAGAGCGGAGUCAGUCAGUGGGGACCAUGUUGAGAGAACAAGACAUUGUGACAGCUGCGUUUCCCAGAAUCUGUGCCUUGAUUCAAGCCUACUACGUCUGCAGCCGGUCCAGUUCGGAAGACACAUUGUCAUGUUCUGCUGAAAAUGAUGAGUUCUUCAGUUUUGUUCAUCGCCAUCUUCCUGUUCUGAGGAUGCUUGUUGCAAGGGAGCCAAAGCUGAUUUUUCGCCAUUUUAAUUUCUUGCUUGACUGCAGCAGUCUAAUGCCACACUUCCUACCAGUAAUACGAUUACAGUCCUUUGACAUGCGCAGACAAUGGUUUUAUGACAAUCUGGGACCAGAUGAUCAUGACAGUUUGAUACCAAAUACACAGGACUUGAACAUGAUAACAGUAAGCAGAGAGCGCUUGUUUCACACCAGUUGUAAAGAAGUGCUGAAGAAAAGCCCAAGUCUGUUAAAACAGAGUUUUCUGAUCCAGUUUGAUGGGGAAGACGGAGUGGGCCAUGGUGUUGUUCGAGAGUGGUUUGAUAUACUGUCAAAAGAAAUCCUCAAUCCCGAUUAUGCCCUGUUUACCCAGUCAGCGGAUGGUUGCACUUUUCAGCCGAACAGUAAUUCCUCCAUUAACCCUGAUCACCUGAGUUACUUCCAGUUUGCCGGGCAGGCGUUAGGACUUGCUGUCUACCACAGGCAGAUUCUGAGUGUCUACUUCACCCGGUCCUUUUACAAGCAUAUUUUAGGAAUUCCUGUUAACUACACAGACGUAGCCUCCAUUGAUCCUGAAUAUGCUAAAAACCUUCAGUGGAUUCUUGACCAUGACAUCAGUGAGCUUGGCCUUGACCUAACAUUUUCUGUAGAGACUGAUGUAUUUGGAGUGAUGGAGGAGGUGGAUCUGAUACCAAAUGGAAGAGAAAUUGCUGUUACUGAAGACAAUAAAAGGGAGUAUGUUCAGCUGGUGACAGAGCUGCGAAUGACUCAAGCCAUUAAACCUCAGAUUGAAAGUUUUCUGUCCGGAUUCCACGAGUAUAUUCCUCAUGGUCUGGUUCAGCUCUUUGACGAAUAUGAAUUGGAGCUGCUGGUAUCGGGACUUCCCGAGAUUGACCUGGAGGACUGGAGGACUAACAUCUCUUACACAGGUUACUCAGAAACAUCCCCAGUCAUUCAGUGGUUUUGGCAGAUUGUUUCUGAAUUCAGCCAACAAGAAAGAGUCUUACUGCUUCAGUUUGUUACUGGAAGUUCUCGAGUUCCUUAUGGUGGAUUUUCCAAUUUUAGCAGCAGUGGCUUCUCACAUCCUUUCACCAUCAGUCACGUCAAUUCUAGCAGCAACUCACUGCCAACAGCCAGCACAUGUAUCAACUUGCUGAAGUUACCUGAAUAUCCAAGCAAGAAAGUUCUCCAGAAGAUGUUAAAUAUUGCUCUGCAGUGUGGUAGCCAGGGUUACGGUCUUGUGUGAUUUAUCGACAAAAUAAUGAAACCAAACACAAUGUCGUUUCACAAUGUAGGACAAACAUUAAAAGCACUAAGCCACCCAGUGUACUGUGUUCAAUUAAAUUUUGUUGAGAUAUAUACUUCUUUUUAAAAGAUGUUUAAGUUGUUUUAAACAUGGUUUUAGAGGAUACAGAAAAUUACAUGUGCCCAUUGGAUAUUAUUUUUCUUACAACUUGUUUAUAACUGUCCCCUUCUCACAUUUCAUACAUGUAUGUUAGUUUUGAAACCUGUUAUUUCUUGUAAGAUAAAAUUGUGUUUUAUUUCUGAGUUAAGAUGCUAAGGUUAUCUAUUACACACAGCUUGAAUAAUAUUUUUCAUAUUAUUUCACUGAAAAAACAUCUACCUUUGGUGUACCAUACCAUCUUGUAAGUAUUCAAUAAAAUGUCACGCUCAGGUUUUUAAGAAUUAUCUUUAAAAAUAUAAAAGACAACAAGUUGUAUCAGUAUACUGAUAAUAGUGUGAAGAGAGGCUCGCAUAAUUUCUAUGCAAUAAAAUAGUAACAAGUUUUGGGGGUUAGUUUUACAAAAUUGUAACAUAGGUGUGUGGAAACAAUAAUAAUAAACUUGGUACCAGCAAUUCCAAGUUUAUACCUGUGAAAUAAUUUUAAUUUAUGACUUGCUUUAGCUUGUAAUAAAUAAAACCUUUCACUCCUGACAUACUCGAUAAUAACUAGUAACUUGUUUAUUAUCUGUGUGGUCGUAUGUAUAUUGUAAAGUUAUAUGUAUGUUAUCGUUCAUUGUUACAUAUAUUAUUCUAGUGAUUCUAUAUUUUUUUUUAUUGCUUUUGUCUUUCAACAUAUGCUUUUAUUUUUUAUACACAUAAUUAUUGUUUUGAAGAAAAUGUGAUAUUGUUUUAAUGUUAACAUUUUAAUAUUCUUAAAAGUUUGGAUGUUUUGAGUUUUUGUUUCGCCUUUACGAAGUAAAAGGUUGAGAUAUAGCUAUUACUUUUCUGAUGGCAUCAACUUUUGAGUUAAAGUUUCAUGUUUACAUCAGUUUCUUUUCACAAACUAUAUGUCCUAGAUCAUUGAAACUUGUGUUGUAGUUGCUCCUAUGGAUGUUCAUCACAAUGCAGGUGAAAAGAAUUAAAAAUUAAUUAAUUAAAUAGUUUUAAUUAAAAUAUAUUUGCUUUUU